CACGGCGCCCGGGCACCACACUCUGACGACUGCCAAAUACUACAGCAGUUUGGACUGUCUUUUGAGCUACCGGAGCUCCAAAGAAACGCGGCACUUGCUGUAUUUAGACCCGCUUAAACCUAGCUUUGAUACUCCAUCAUAGACAGUACUGAUAUCGAAAUAGUUGAAUGCGUCAUUUACCACAGUGUCAUUUACCCUUGACCAUUGACGUGGAAAUUUGCUCGCGCGGACCUGGGCCCAGCGCCGUCUUGUCCCCUGCCAGCUGCCCAAGGCGAGCGUAGCUAACGCUCGCGGGCUUGGGCCGGGCAGGAGCUCAGUAGAUGGCGGAGUCAUUCAACACCCAGGCCCUCCCAGCCCGCCUGAAGGAGUCGGUGGUGGACCUCAAGAAUAGUGUCAAGGAGCGGUUCCUUGGAUUGCUAGGCAUUCGGCAGCCUCGUAACCUCUUGGAGGACGAAACAGAGGUCUAUUUGCAAGUCGGCAAGACUACAUGGCACGCACCCAGGCAACUGCGUGUUGAGCUAUGGCUCUCGUCCCUGGCUCGGAGGCAUUCCCUCGUGGGCGACUACCCGACCUACCUCGCGCAGGAUAUUACGCGGGAAGCAGCGGUUGAUAUCGACAAGGAUGUGCCGCGCACCUUCCCGAACACGCGACGGUUCCAUGCCGAGGAGGGCCAGGCGUCGCUGCGGAACGUUUUGCGUGCGUACGCGGCGUAUGACCCGGAGGUGGCGUACUGCCAGGGUAUGAACUUCCUCACGGGCCUGCUGCUGACGUACCUGCCCACCGAGGGGCAGGCGUUCGCCGCUCUGGUGGUGCUCAUGGAGGACCGCAAGCUACGCAGCUUCUACCAUCGCAGCAUGGCGCUGCUGCAGGUGCAGCUGUGGCAGCUGAGCCGCCUCAUCAGCCCCGCACUGAACACGCACCUGGAGAACAUGGGCGUCGUGCCCAUGCUGUACGGCGCCUCCUGGCUCAUGACAGCGUUCUCCGCCGACUUCCCCAUCGCCUUCUCUGCCAGGAUCAUGGACGUGCUGCUGGGCGACCAAUGCGAGUGCGCGCUACUCAAGGUGGCGGUGGCCGUGAUGAAGGCGGUGGAGCCGCACCUGAUGAAGAUGAACGACCUGGAGGACGUGCUGGGCUACCUCAAAAUUGAGGUCACAGCCUGGGAGGACGAUGAGCUGCACGCGAUGCUGACGGCGGCUUUCACCAAGCCCUGGACCAGCCGGCAGCUGUCCAUCCUGCGCUCCACGGAGGACGCGGAGACGGUGGCGCAGGCCAUGGACCGGGUCAUGACGGCCAUGAGCGAGCAGGCCAGCUGCGUGCCCGGCGACGAUGACGACGGCGGCGACGACGGCGACCUGCCGGCCGACGGCCGCGUGGCGGUGACGGUGCCGCGCAUCAAGCCGCCGCCGCAGCCCAACACCACCUGCUCGUCCUCCUUCGCGCCCAGCCCAGCCUGCGGCACGCCCAUUGGCGGCGGCCCCAUGGGCACGGGGUCCAUGGGUGGUGCCAGCAUGCUGGCGGCCAUUGGCGGGUCGCCGCUCAUGGGCGUCAGCAUCAGCGGCGGCGGCUCGUUCCGGCAGCAAAACGCCGGCGGGGGCAGCAUCGCGGGUAGCGUGGGCGGCAGCCUGGGCGGCGGCGGGGAGGUGGGCAUGCUGAGCGGGAUGUCGAGCAUGGGCGGCAGCGUGACGCAGUGGGCCAUCCCCAGCAUACAUCCAGAGGCGCAGGCUAACCCAGCCAUCCAGGCCUUCAGGAGGGCGCAUCUACCCAUCCUGGCCGCCGUAGCCGGCGGCCCUGGUGCGCGGGCUGCCGGCGGGCAGAGCAUCCUGGCUGGGCAGGCCGCGACGGCGGCGGUUGCGUCGUGUACGACGACAGGGGCAUCAGGGACCACACCAGCGGGUUCUGUGACGCCUUCGCCGCCGCAGACGCAGGCGGGCGGGAUAGACGAUGGGCACGUGCUGGCCUCCUCUGUCGGGCUGCUGCAGCCUGCCGAGCAGGUCAUCCUGUCGGAGUCGCACCUGCAGCCAGAGCAGCCCAGCCUGCUGCGCGCAACCACUGGCGAGGAGUGGGGCGAGGUGAACAAUGCACGGCAGCAGUGGCGCGCACUCUCGCGGUCCACGCCAGGCAGCAUGCGGCAGCACAGCAUGGACGGCGGUGGUGAAGACCGGAGCGGCACGCAGGUGGGGGCUGAGGCUGCAGGCACAGGCGGCGUGUGGCGCGGGGGUCUGCCAGGUCCUGCACCUGCGUCAGCGGCAGGCUCGAGCGGCUCAUCCUCCGCGGCAGCGUCGUUUGGCGGCGCGCCAUCAGCAGCUGACUCUCCAGGAGCGCCGGCGCCGAGCCAGCCCAUCCCAGUGCCCGCCAGCGGCCCGGCGCGCGCAUUGAGCGCAAUGAGCGCCUUCGCCUGCGCUUCGGGGUCAGCGGCUGCAGCGGCAGGCCUGGUGCUGGCGCCGCCCAAGCCGCCGCUGCCGCCGCGGCAGUCGUCGUUCGACAGGGCGCCGCCGGGGGCCUGCGGAUCGGCGUUCUCGCGCCUGUCGGUUGUCGCAGAGGACCCGCCGUCGGUGCUGAUGGGGCCCACGGCGCCCGCGCCCUCGCCACGUGGCUCCAUGGAUAUCCACGUGCUGGGGCGUGCCAGCAGCAACCACAUGGACCCGGGCGAGCACUGCGGCCAACUGCUCGGCACCAGCACCGCCGGAGCCGCCGCCGGCGAGGGCAGCUUCCUGGCGGCUGGCGGCGUGGCCGCUAUGGGCGCCAGCGCCUUCGCCGCAGGCAUGGGCGGCAGUGCGCCCUCGUGCAACGGCGACUGCGCCAGCGGCACCGCCUCCGCCACCACCGGCGGCGCGCUGCUGUCGCCGUCGGGCAUCAGCGGCGCGGUGUCGCCGCACACAGGCGUGUCGCCUCACGUGCUGCUGCCCUCGGCCUGGAGCCACCAAAGCCAGGGCGCCAACGGCACCAGUGCCAGCGCCAGCAUCAUGAACUCGGCGGCCGGCGGCGCGCUCGGCGGCGGCAGCGACUCGCCCACGGCCGGCGUGUCUGCGGGCGUGGGCUACGCGCCGCUGGGCGCGACGGCCGCGAUGGCUGGAGCUGCGGCCGUGCUUGGCGCAGCAUCCACGGCAGCGUCCACGACGGGGUCGCUGUUGUACGAUGGUGAGGCAGCGGCUGCAUCCAUUGCCGCCAGCGAGGUUGCGGCGCUCUACACGGGCCUUCCAGAUGGCGCCAUUUCCAGAACCCAGCCUACACCAGCCGGCGGUCUGCUGGGCUUGGCACCGCUGGCGCCCCCACCGCCGCCUCAGGUGCCGCUGGGCUCGGCGCCGCACGCUAACGCCGGCGAGCGCCACCCCCAGAGCGACCUGGGCACGGACAUUGGCUGCGACAUCCUGCGUGUGCUGACGCGCGUGGACGCGAGUAACGCCAACGCCGCCUACGACACGCGCGCGGUGCUGGGCGAGUGCAUGUACGCCGACACGCCCGUCCAGGAGGAGGAGCUGCCCAAGGAGCAGCAGAACCUCGUCAAGAGCGGUAGCGAGCAGUCGCUGCGGCACCUGCCUUCCUCGUCGGCGCUCGACCGCAUGGCCGCACAGGACCUGGCGCGCGCGCAAGAGGAGGCAGAGCGCAUGCGGCAGGAGCUUGAGGCCCAGCUUCAGCAGCAGCGCGCCGCUGAGACUGGCCGGAGCGGCUCCGCAUCCGUGACACACUUGUCCACAGCCGGGACUGCACAGGCCGGUGCUGCUGCGGGUGCGGACGCACCAGCGGCGGCGGCGUCAGCGGCCGGCGCCCACGCAGACGGCGACGGUGCCGCGGCAGCAAACGGCGAGGCGGCGGCGAGCUUGUCAGGCCCGCACGCUUGGUCCGCAACGGGGCAGGCCAACGAGAACGAGGUGGUUCUCAAGCGGCCAGCACUAUACGUGGACGGCAUUCCCAUGUUCGACCCCAAGAGCCUCAUGUGCGACACGCAGCAGGAGGCACAGGUCAUGUUCACGCCACUCGUGUCGCCCGGCGCCUCCUCCUAUGCUGGCGGCGGCCUGGAGCACUUAUCCACGCUCACGGGCGCCACGGCGCCGCCCUCGGCCGCUGCGUCGAUGUCUGGCGCGGCGCCCGAAGGCGCCGCCGCUGACGGUGCUGCGGCGCUGGCUAAUGGCAACGACGGUGAGGACGGGGACCUCGACGACGCCGUGUAUGACCUGGCGGAGCCCAGCGACGACGACGACGAGGAGGCGGGCACGGGGCUGCUUGCCGAUGACGAUGAUGAGGAGGCCACUGAAGACCGGCCGUCUGGGGGCCGGCGGCGCGCCGCCGCUGCUGCUGCCGCGGGCAAUGCUGUUGUAGCGGCUGCGUCAACCGUGAGGGCAGAGGCAGCGGAGCCGGCGGGUCCCGCAGCUGUAGAGGAGGAGGCGCCGACGUCACCGCGCGAUGCUGCACCCACGGCGCCAGGCGGCACCGCUGGUCCCGCGGGCGAGUGGGUGGAUUGGUCGCAGGCUCCGCCCAUCCAGACCGCGGCGCCGGUGACGCUGCCCAUGACGGGGCCGGUCCGGGAGGUGACACCCGCUUCGGAGGCUCACGAGGACAGCCGUGCGCAUGCGGCUGCGGAGGCGCCCGCGGCUGGCACGGAUGAGCGGGGCGCCGCCAGUGAGCCGGUGGAGUCCAGCGGCCCCUCUCGCGCCAUGCAAACUGAGGACAGCUGCCACGAGCCGCAUGGCCCGACGCAGGCGGCGGCGCAGCCAUACGGCCUGCUUCCCGCAACCUCCAAUAUGGCUUCGCUGGCGGCGCCGCUGGGGCGGGUCAUCUCCUUCGCCACCACCGUCGGCGGCGGCGCCAGCACCAACGGUGGCAACACGCCCACCAGCAGCUUCACGACGGCGCCGGGUCGCCCGGGCGGCUUCAACUGGAUACAGCUGCGCUGCGACUCCAUGGCCACCAGCGACGUCGACAGCCGUAUGGGCUCGAGCCGUUGGACGGCGGGCUUUGCGGCGGGCCUGAACACAGGCGACGGCGUGGACACGGACAGUGAGGGCACGCCGCGCCACCCGGACAGCGAGGUGGGACACAUCAUGCAGCCGCCGGGCCUGCACUUGCCCUCGCUGCAGACGCUGCACUGCAGCAGCGUGCCCGGGCUGCCGAGCAGCGGCGCGGAGUCGCCGCUUGGGCUGACGAGCUCGGGCCCCAUGCACCCCUCCUCGGCGCACCCCUUCGGCCACCCGGCUGGGCUGCACAGCCACAGCGCGCACGGGCUCCUUCACGGCGGGCACUGGCAGCAGCACAUCCUCUCCAGCGGCUCCUUUGGCCGCGGCGACCACUCCGGGCACGGCGGCAUUUCGGCUUCUGGAGGCGUCGUGAAGCGCGUUGGGUCGCGGAUGGCGUUGUCGGGUUCCAUCCUGGCGUCUGUCGGCAUUGCGGAGGAGGAGGGCGAGGGCGAGGACGACGGCCCCGCGCCCCCGUCCGGCCCGCCGACGGCCAUCAGGGAGCCCUCCCGCAAGGGCCUGUUUUCCAGGAACGACGCGCCUGCGGAGGAGGCUGCAGCAACCGCUGCCCUGGAGUCGCCACGGCCUGACACCGGGGUAGCAGCCGCGGCUGGUGUGGGUUAUGAUAGCGAGGCCGCGGGUGUGGCGUCGCCUGCCUCUGGGUCGGCCUCAGUCGAGGGCGCCUCUACUGCUGACACCGCCACCACCCCGGACGGCGCCGGCGGCAUGGGCCCCAUCCGCCAUGCCAGCUCGGGGCUGGGCGAGGGCGAGGAGAGCGUGCGCGCCGCGUCCGUUGGCGAGGGCGGUGACUCCGGCAACGUCGGUGAGGGCUCCUCGCCCUUCAGCCGCAGCGCGCUGAGCCCCUCGCUGGCGCACCACAUCAUGUCCGCCUACCUGCGCUGCGAGCAGCACGUGCAGCAGCAGGAGCUGGAGGAUCGCCGGCAGCAGGAGCAGCAGCAGGCGGAGUGCGAGGCGGACGGGGGCGCGGCGACGCCAGCAAUGCCCGACUUUGCCGCGGCCUACGCCAGCAACGCAGGCGACGCCAGCCCGAAGGCGCUGUCUGGCUCGAUGGCGGGGGUAGCAGCCAGCCUGCUCGCAGCAGAGCCGCUGUCCCAGCCGCCGCCGCUGCCGCGGCUCCAAACGGAGGAGCCCAGCCUCGCCAGCCAGUUGGGGUUCAGCCUUCCCGCUGCGCCCAUGUCGCCACCGGCGCUGCUGUCGCCAUCCCUGGCCGACCGCGCCCGCGCGGUGACCAGCGUCAGCGCCGACACGGCCACGGGCGGCUCGGCGUUUGCGACGUUCCAGCAGCCGCCGCCUGUGAAGGCGCUCACGCCUUUCGCCAUGUCCAUGGAGGACCCCAGCACGUGCCGGAUCUCGGCGGAGCUGCUUCAGUCCAUGCCGCCUCCGCCCGCCGCGCUGCAGCCCAGCACGCCCACGCCGCCCGUGUCCAUCCCCUGCGCCGGCGGCUCGGGCGCGAUGGCCGGCGGCGCCGGCGCCGGCAGCAGCCGCGCCGGCGGCUUCCGCUCACGCACCAUCAGCAGCGGCGGCGACGACGUCGGUGACGUGACGCUGACGGCGAGUGGCAUCGGCGCGCUGGGCGGCUCGGGCUUGACGCCGGCGCUGCACAGCAGCGGCGUGGGGGUCAGCGGCAGCGUCGUGCUGCGCGGGCUGGGCUCACACGACACUCCCGGCGGCACGGGCAGCAUCCUGAACGCCUCCACGGGCGGCGGUGUGCAGUCGGGGCCGGGCUGCGGCAGCGGCUCCGCCUGCGCGGGCGGCAGCGGCGCUCCCGGCAGCGCGCUCAUGCAGGCACUGCACGGCGUCAGCUUCCGCGCCGUCAGCAGCAGCUGCGGCGGAGCUACGCCCGGCACCAGCAGUGGUGGAGCUCCGCCGGUGUCGCUUCUGCUGCCGCCUCCGCCUCCGCCCCAGGUGCCGCUGUGUGCGGCCACGUCCGGCCGGGCCGAUGCCUUUGCCUCCGCGCUGCCGGCAGCGGUAUCGUCCGUCAGCGGUACCUCCGCAGCCGCACCGCCGGGGUCGCUGCUCGACAGCGGUGCGAACACCGUUGUGUGCGUCAGCGCCGCCACGUUCUCCUCCGCCCAUACCUCCACCAUCUCUGCCACCGGCGCAUCAACAACCUCCACAGACCGCGCCCCUGCGCCGCCCUCCUGGACUGCCACCUUUGACGAGCCCGCUGGCAGCCUCGCCGCGCACGGCUCACCGACGACGGCCGCGGACCCGCCGCUGCUGUCAGGCCGUGAUAGCGCCGGGCUUACUUCUGGGGGAGUCCGCACGCCAGACGCCCGCGCACCCGCGCCCGACAUGGCGCGUGGAAUGUCACUGGAGGCCGCGGGGCAUUGAGGUGGGUGUCGCCCUGCCCGGCGAGCUGCGGCGUUGUUAGGAGCUCCGAGAUGGAGAUGGGUUGCGAGUUGGGUUUGGCGGUUGCGGUUGCCGGUUGCGAGGGCGACCAGGCGAGGUUGGGCUGCUGCUGAAAGGAAGCGGUUCCGAGGCUCUACAGGGUGAUGGGAUGUGAGGUGCAGCAGGCUGGGUGUCACAUUGUAACGUUUGUGUUAGUUGUACCGUGGUGUAGAUCUCUGUUUUUGGUGAACUGGUGGCCGAGUGUCGAAGCGCCUGUAAUGGAUGGCGGUAGGUGAGCCGGCAAAAGUAUUUGACCCGUUGAGCUGGCAAGGUGACGGCGACGGCAUGUACCUCUUAUGUUGCCCAGCUGAAUGCGUACAUCUCAUCAUACGCAAUCAAAGCGAAACCUAGGGGGCCAUUCUGACAUUUUCGUAUCAUCACGCUGCUGGGCAGGGAGGAUGUGAAGGGGUGCUGCUAAGCGCGCGUGUGUAUCCUUGUCAGUGCUCACAAUGCAGGAAUUGCUGCGGGCACCAAAGCCAGCCAGCAAGGGUACCGACUACCGACGUGCGUUGCAUGUGUGGGCGCUCUGGGGGCGAAGAGACAUGCCGAAAGGGGUUAUGGCCCAGUUUCGCCUUCCCUUGAAGGGCAUUCUCGAUUGCUUCGUGAGAGCGUUGGGAGCAUGCGGGAGCUUACUGAAGAGGAAUCGCCCAUGCGUGAUCCGCACACAGCGUGCGUGCCUGAACGCAUGUGAAGUCGUCCUGUGCGAGUGUUCCCGCUGAGGCUGAGGCUGUGUAUGGGACGGGAAUUGAGGCGAAGCUCGGUUCGGUACGGCAGAGUGGAGCACAAUGAGACGCGAUGGAGACGACAGGUUUCGUUUGCAAUUGCCCGGUCGGCGCACCGUCAACUGUCCUAUGCUCGUGUGCAAUCAAGGACUGCACCGAAUAAAAUACUACUGUGCGACAUUUUGGCAAUGGUGAGAAUCGGCUAAGCGCGUCCGCCGACAAUGAGCGGCCCCCGGUCGUGACCGCCACGCCCACAUACCCAAGUGAUGGUUGUUUUGCCAAGAUGUCGUGCCCCUCGCCGCGCGGUGCUGGAUUAACUUCGUGUACGUGUGUGUUUUCCUGGGGGUUGUGCAAACAGUAUUGAACUGUAGCGCCGCUGAGUCAUUCCAGUACGUGCGGUGAUCUAUCUAUCUCGGAGGCCGCCUCGAUGUAUCCAGACACAGACGGGAGCCGCUCGACCUAGACUGUGCGGGCGGUGUGUGCUAAGCGUGUUGGGAGGAGCACGGACAGCCGAAUGUUUGUGGGAAGGCGUCCUAGCCGCGCCUUCUGGUACUCACAUACUCGCGCAUGCCAAAGUCGCCAGAGUGUGUAGGCAGCCAAGACCACUCUUAGGCGCAAUCACCCGCGUGAUCCUUUUGUGCUAUUUAUUCUUUUUGAUUAGCUGCUGCCCGGCUGGGAGGCGGUGGUGCGGGCAAGGGCGUGGGGCUAUGGGGGCUCAAUGCUUACGAAGAAAGGGCAUUUUGAGCGUGUCGGCACGACUGUGCGCUUGUACGUAGUCUCCAAGGAUACCCGGAUAGCCAUUCUACUCUGGUAGGCACGAGGCACAACGCAAGCCGCAAGGGAUAUAACACAAGUGCAUACCGGUGUGGGCACUGCUCGGCACUCCAUGUGGUACCCGGCGUGACGUUGGCUGAACACGGUGCAAGAACUAGCACACACAGCAUCAUAGCACUCUGACCAUGCGAGGUGGCAUUGCAGGCAAACCAGAGCCGGCUAGUAAUGAACGGCAUACACGUGCGUGACUGUAAUCACAUGUGCCC